AUGAGCAUUGUCUCACUUGGCAUGGAGUAUCACCUCCAACUUCUCAAUUCAGCUUCAGUCUGUUUGACCUCAUCCCUUCACCCAGGGCUUCCAGAGAUUGUUUGAGAACGAGGCAGCCACACCUAAGUGCUUCAAAUCUGGAGACGACGUAGACAGCCACUCUUCUUUUUGCCUGGCCCCACUGGCCCCACUUUUGCCUGAUCCAUCCAGCCACUCCUAUCACUACCUGUAUACCUGGACUGCUAGUAAGUCGUGAAGUUGUCUGGCUGCUCUUUAAAUAAUUUGAAUUUCCCCUCCAUCCCUAAUCAUCACAUUCCCCUACUUUUGCUAACAAGACAUUCCUCUGUGGGCUGCUGGCCAUUUCCCCACAUUUCCCCCUUCAAACCACUGUUUUGUACGAGCCUGGUAUAUCAGAAAACUAUCUCGGGGGGGGGGGACUGUCUGUGUACACACAGGUGAACAAAUCCAUGUGUACAUGCCCACAAUGGACCUCAGGUUUCCAGAACUGAAGGAGGGUGGGCUACUGGUGGGGCCAAGUGAGACACACACUGCUUUUUAGCAUACUGUUUUGUGCAAGUCUGAUAUAUCAGAAAACUUGCAUCUCCUGCCCCCCCCUUCAUAAAAAAGGUCUGUGCACAGGUAAUCAGCUACCUGCAUACAUGCCUAAAAGGGACCUCAGGUUUCUAGAAUUCAGGGAGGGUGAGGAAGUACUAACUGAGGGGAGGGAACAACAACAUACAGUGUGAAUAUAUUCAUUAAGAAGAGCUUGUGAGCUGUGCCAGAGGAUCUGCUGAAAGGAGAAGUAUGAAGACUUGGUUUGAUGGCAUAGCAGCAUCUAGGGUAUACUUUAUCAUGCAUAAAGUGAUGUUGCAAACAGAUGGGACAGCACCCAGAGAUGCCUCUGCUCUUUGUUUUAUGCUGCCUACUUUGGUAACACAUUUGAUGUUUCAGCCAGCUGUGUGGUAGGUUUCUAAUGGGUGUGCCUGGUAACAUCACUAACUGGUAAUUCAUCUCCCUUUGGGGCCAACUGCUAGCAGCUGCUUGAGUAAUGCUGGUGCAGCAACAUUUUGAAACAGAUAAAUGCAUCAGCACAUGUGUUUAUGAGCUUAUAUGCCUCCUAGCUGGAAGUUAAAGGGAACACAUUGUUGUGGCUCCACUGGAUAUGCUUCUGAGUUGAAACAAACACACUGAUCACUAGCUCCUGAUAAAUUGUUUAGCUUUUUUCUUCCCUCUUCUGAGUUUUCUGAGCCACUCUCAUUGUACAACCUCAUGUUUCAUUGUAAAGUUUUCUGAGCCACUCUCAUUGUACAACCUCAUGUUUCAGUCCUAGCAUGCCUACAUAGCUAACCUUUCUUGUACCUUUAAAUUUUUUGAGCAAGAGGGGGUUUGCCCAUUUGGCAUUGGUCAUUCAUACUGUGAAUCGGAUUUUAAAGUACCGGUAUUUGCGCAUUUCACUUUUUAUCUGGGCAGCUGAAAAAAGAAGAAGCCUAUUUAUUCUCCAGUCUGAACUAAGCUAUCAGAUUCUCUGUCCCUGAAUCUACCCACAAGUGUGUGAGAGUGCACUGGCCUCUGAAGACACUUCAGAGGUCUUUCUGUAACUCAAAGAUGCUAACAAGAAGUCAGUUCUUGAGUGUGCCAGACACUUUCAAAAUGCCUUUCAGGUUAAAUUCAUUAGAGUACCCAGCCCUGGCGAGAUGCUUUUCUUUGAUGACUUUCCAAUGGGCAGAGUGUUGGACUGGGAUUGGGGAGAAGCAGGUAGAAAGCACAAUUCUGCCCCAGAGCUCACUGAGUAACCUUGGGCUAGUCUUUAGCUCUCAGCCCAACCGCAGGGUUGGUGUGAAAAUAACAUGAGUGCUUAAACUAUCUGCCUUUGAACAUCCGCCAUGUCCUGGAAGACUGCACCUUUAGUCUCCUAGAUAUCACAUACUGAUUUCCCAUGUACAAUUCAUGCCAGAAGAUUUCACAAAGACCAUAGUUAACCACCGUUACCACGAGAAGAAAAUAAUUCAUGCUUCGCUUCAUGAAUUCUCCUUCCCAGCCAGUUAUUUAGAAAGAAGUACCUUAGUGAAUGUCUCUUGAUAGAGCCUGAUCGCAGUCCGCCACAUGCUUCCAAUGGCAGGAAGUGGAAGGGGCCCUGGAGGGAAGCGUCUGCGUGACCACCAGAGCUGUUUCAGGAAGUACAGAAUCAAAAGACCCACCAGCAGAGCAAUCAAAAAUAAUCGUAUGCCAAACAUUUUCCUGCCUUCUCUCUCUCACUCUGUCACUUGUCUCCGUCUAGCACUUCUGGCUGUGUAGGAUACUCCUUCUCUGUUGGCUUUUAAUUUACAUAGACAUAUACUUGCAACACCCUUUUAUACAGGACAAUAAGGCUAAUGGUCUGAGACCAUAUAAUAAUAGUUUUGGAAUGAAACCUUCCAGGGAUUAAUUCAAUGUGAACCAUUUAUUUUUAUUGCACCACCAGUAUGGUUAAUUAUAGUAUGUGGAACUGUAAUAAUUGAAGGGAAGAGAAUAACAUGAAAGGCUGUCAUCAGCCAACUGUGGGCUAUCACGGGGCCAAAUUUGUGCAGGAAUAUUCUGAAAUUUUUAUUAUGUUUAUAAAGUAUAUAUGAUGUUUCUAUAAAGUAUAUAUGAGGUCUUUGCAUUCAACGUUAUAAACUAUCUUCCAACUCACAGAUGUAAAUUUCAGGGGGGGGGCUGCAAAUCCACCCUUGAAUUUCUCUCAGGGAGCUCAGCCCCACCCCCAGGCAGCAGCUACUAAGAAGCAUACUACUAAGUGUGCACGAAAGCUCAUACUAAUAACAAACUUAGUUGGUUUCUAAGGUGCUACUGGAAGGAAUUUUUUUAUUUUGUUAAGAAGCAUAUUGUUAGAGUCGCAUAAUGAACUUGGUUAGAACAGCGGCUGCAGCAGCACAGUACUACCCCAUCUCUCUGUUGUGUCAUACUACAAUUUCCAUGGUCAUCCAGGGGCACUGAUCCUGCUUUCCAGUAUUUGUUUAUCUGUUUGUUUAUUAAGAAUUUAUACUCUGCCUCACAAGAUGGCUUGGCCCUUAAACUUGGCUCCAGGCCUGGCCCACCAAUGAGGCAGAGUGGUGACACCGUCUUGGGCGUCGGAAGUCCCAGAGGCAAGGCAUUGCCCCCCUGAACACCCUGCCGCCUCAAUCGCUGGUGAAGUGGCGGCAGCAUCGGUGCUGAUUUCUGGUGAGAUCUCACGAGAUUUUGUCAAGAUGUCGCUGGAAAUCUGCAGCAAUGCUGGCACUGCUUCUUCACCAGCAGUGGAGGCGAGUUAGGUGGUAAAGUGGCGGCAGGGUGCGGCAGCUCGAUCCGUUAUGCCUCAAGUGGCAAAACCGGGUGUGCCAGCUCUGCCUGACUCCAUCCCCUUUAUGUGGAGAAACAGACUGCAAAGCCUCAGUAGGGCCCAACAGACUGAAAACUGAAAAGCAGUCUGAACUAGGUAAGUCAAGAGCCUCCAUAAUAUUAUAGAAUCAUAGAAUCUUAGAAUUGGAAGGGACCCAAGUGCCACCCAGUCCAAUCCCCUGUAAUGCAGGAAUGUCAACUAUAGCAUCCAUGACAGAUGGCCACCCAACCUCUGCUUAAAUACCUCCAAGGAAGGAGAGUCCACAACCUCUCAAGGAAGUCUGUUCCACUAUCGAAGAGCUCUUACUAUCAGAAACUUCUUCCUGAUGUUUAGUCAGAAUCUCCUUUCUUGUAACUUGAAUCCAUUAGUUUGAGUCCUACCCUCCAGAGCAGGAGAGAAAAAAGCUUGUUCCCUCUUCCAUGUGACAGCCCUUAAGAUAUUUGAAGAUAGCUAUCAUAUCUGUUCUCACAUUUUAAAUAUAAACAAAGUAUUUAACUUAUUUCACAGGGACGAUAACAAUUUUAUUACAGUUGAGGGGGUGGGUGUGUCUCAAUCACCAUGGAGAAAAGCAGAGACUAUGUGAUUUUAAUGACUGUUUAUAUUACUGUAAGCUUUUGUACAUCAGAGCCUACCUCCAGAGAGAGAGAGGGAGAGAGUUCCAAAAGAUGACAACAGAUUUCUCAAUAAAAAGAAACAGACCAUCAUAAACAAACUAUUUUUGGAACAAAAAAAAAUAUUCCUUCCAGUAACACCUUAGAGACCAACUAAGUUUGUUAUUGGUAUGAGCUUUCGUGUGCAUGCACACUUCUUCAGAUACACUGAAACAGAAGUCACCAGACCCUUAUAUAUAGUGAGAGGGUGAGGAGGGGUAUUACUCAGAAGGGUGGUGGGAAUGGGUGAUUAGCUGAUAGGUGUGGCAAACCUGUUGACCACUGUUAACGACUGCAAUUUGGUCUUACAAGAAAAAGCAAGGGGUGAGAUGGCUAAAAAUAGCUUUAUCAUGUAUAAUGAGAUAAGAAUCCAAUGUCACUAUUCAGACCAGUUCUCUCCAUGGUUUUAAGUUUGGUAAUAGAGUAAGCUGCAAUUCAGCAACUUCUCUUUCCAGUCUAUUUCUAUUUUUGGGUUAUUCUUUUUAGCCAUACGCCAUGUUGAAGCUAAGCUCUUUUGAGCUUGUUCUUAGUGGCUUUAAGCUCUGUAAUUGAAAUCUACCCAGCCUGAUUCAUCACUCAUGCAUCUGAGGAAGUAGGUUCAGGCUUAUGAAAACUUUUACUUUAAAAAAGAAAAAAAGAAUAAAUACAGUUUGCCUUUAGAAGUGCCACAGAUUCCUUGCUUGCUUGUUUUCCUGAUAACAUGGACUAGGAAUAAGAUUUGUUAGACUGAUGCUUUCACUGGUGAAAGUACACCCACAACAUCCUGCAGCAGAAACCUGAAUGCAGCACUAGGAGAAAUCCGCUCACCUUAUCUGGUAGGCAGUGUUGUGGCCCAACCACAGGCCCAGCGGUGAUCCGGCGAAUGGCAAGGGUUGCAUGGCCUGCCUGCUUGCGACUGGACAGUGCCAGCAGGUUUUGGGUGGGCUAUCCCAGGGGUGGGCCCAGGCAGCCAAUCAGCACCAUCUGGGGGGUUAAAUUGCAGCCUAGCCUGGCUCUCCUCACUCUGCCUUCUUUCACCAGAUCUCCCACCCUUUAAUUUUGCUUCAGUUUACACUUUGACCUUGCUAUGGACAUCGGCUGCCCUAUUCAGGGCCAAGCAGGAAUUUUUCCACUUGGCAAAUUGGCACUGGCCAUUUAGUUUUUGCCUACCUCAUAGCAAUCAUCACAACUUUGUGAGAUUAGGCAUUGGGUAAGCCUUGGUCUUGGGUGGAGGGGAGGUUGUAGCCUCUGCCUGCUCCUCCAUGGUUAAAGGUAUCCUCUUAAAGGGAUCUGUGAGCGGGAGCUUCUAUCUGAUGUCCAGGUGGGGGCUAGGGCCAUACCAUUCCUUCAGUGGGGACCCUUUGGGGGGUACCUCUAUUUGAUGUAGGUCAUAGGGGGCCCCUGUGGUGGUUUACUUUUUGAUACGGAAGGGGGGGGCAUGUCUUCUUCACCUUCUUCUUCGCUACAAUAUAUCCAUUUAUUUCCAAUUGUCAAUGUCAAAAGGGACUAAAAUCUAUAAAAUUCAUAGAAAAUCAACAUGCCAAUUUGCUCAAUUUCUCUAGGACUCCAUGACACCUCCCCUGUCCUCCAUAAUCCCUCAACCAAAGUGUCAAGACCCUAAUCCUGUCAAAUCACUCUGCCAAGCCUUUCCUCCGGGCAAUGCCAGGUGACAGAAUAUGCAUACAUGGACCAUUGACUUCUCAUCACCGGUACUCAGGAAGUGCUUAUCUGCGCAUAUCUCCAGCUCUGCAUAUUCCCCCCCCUCCCUCCUCCAUAUGUUAAUCCGGUGUAACCCAACCUCUCCUUAAUGUAUUCAUGAUGUAACUGGGAUGUAUUUUGCACUGUAUUCUGGGACAUGGAGGGAAGUUUCAAAAGUUCAUGUCACCCCUUUCUCGCUGUUCAAUCUCGUCUUGAACCUGUUGCGCAAUAAACUUGGAUCUUCUGCAGUUUGCUCCUGUCUCCGGCUGAGCUCAUUUUCUUCCGCAGGGACCCGCGGACUUAGUCUGACGAGCUGGGUGGCAGAGUAGCCCCGCACCCAGAUUUUACCGUAACACUUUUAGAUGUGUGGGAUGUAAAACUUAUAGCAGUCAAGUACAACAUUCCUGCAGUGGACAUGUUAGGGGAUGCUUUGUACCUCUCAGGAGAAAACUUCCUGUUUCCUCCUGAGCUGGGACAGACUUCCACUACAUAUGACUUGAAGAGGGAGUGGUCUAUUGUACUAGCAUGGAGGAGCACACAGCCUCCAUGUUCUGAUCAGUGUGUGUUCUCCAUUUUGUAUGUUGCUGUGUGUUUGGAGAAGUGAUUGCUUAGCCGCAGUCACUUGGGACUAACUUCUUUAUGGAAUAGUUCUACUUGUUAUGUAACCUAAGUCUGCCUUCAGGGAUAUGUCUGUGAACCUGAAUGAAUCUGUGGGUAAGCUACUUUUAUAUUAACGUUAAUCAGAUUCUUGUGUUUAUUCUUUUGAAGAGGGAUUAGAAGGGGUUUUACCAGGAAGGAAUCUUUAAUAGAAAGCUUAAGAUGAGUCAGCAACAAGCUGAUCGCUGCGUAAUUUUAAAAGGGGGGUGUUUGGAACUCUGCUAGAAUAUGGAACUUGCUAGCACAAGUUCGGAAGGAUAUCAUUACAUAAUAUAUCCUCUCCUGCCUCCCUAAUCAUCCCCACAAGAUGCGGUGAAAUCCCCACAAGCAGAUGUGGUGAAAUAAUUUGGCUUCACCCAAUGCCUAUGCCAAACCAUUCACAUCUGUAACCAAUAAAAGUUGUGGCCUUUUCAAACCCAUAAACCUAUAGUUCAUGCUGUGUGUCUUGUGUAAUUAUUCACUCCAUAGGGAACUGCUGAGUCAUGGGUUCUUGGCAUGCAAAUCUCUACUACUUAUUCCAUGGCAGGAAACUUAGCAAAGGGAGAGGGGGAGUCUUCAAAAACUAUGGCUCCUGAUGUGAAGGGAAAACCAGGACAACAGUACCAAGAUAUUUGUGGGGAAAGCUGUAAGUGGCUCUUUAGUAAUUUGGUAACAAAGCAUACUGUGACAUCUUUUGGUCUGCAGCAAAUAACAUGAAUGUUCAUCUUCAAAACACAUUGAGACAAGGAUGCAUGCAAAAAUUUUGUUCAAAAUAGACAUAAACAGAUCUCUCAGGAAAUUGAUCUUAGUGUUAUAGCUAAUGACCUUAUCCAGAGAGCACCAAUGAGAAAAAAAAUCAUUCAGUGCAGAAGAAGUCUAUAAAUAUCUGUAAAUUGAAAACGUACAGUGGUACCUCAGGUUAAGUACUUAAUUCGUUUCGGAGGUCCGUUCUUAACCUGAAACUGUUCUUAACCUGAAGCACCACUUUAGCUAAUGGGGCCUUCUGCUGCCACGCCGCCGGAGCACGAUUUCUGUUCUCAUCCUGAAGCAAAGUUCUUAAUCCGAGGUACUAUUUCUGGGUUAGCAGAGUCUGUAACCUGAAGCGUAUGUAACCUGAAGCGUAUGUAACCUGAAGCGUAUGUAACCGGAGGUACCACUGUACUGGGUUUUGAAAACCCUGUGUAGCUUGUUUGGAUUGUUACAUUAUACAGCGAUCAUGCAUAAAACAAGGUGAGUCAACGUAGUGAAAUUACAGGUUUUCCACUAAUCACGCAAAUGAAUGCUGCCUUUGGUGGGGGUGAAGUUAAGGGAAAUUGGGAGGGAUAUCGGGGGGCGGGGCAGAUACAGAUUUUUUUCUGGAUAUGAGCGAGAAGGUGCUUGCAGGUGGAGAGGAAGGGGGAUGAUGGGAUUAUUUGACAGUUUUUUGAGAAUUUUCAAAAAAAUCGUUAGUGUUAAUUAAAAGUGAAAGGUUGUAUUUCAGCUGACUGUGUAUCAUUCAUUAAAGCCAAAUGUGUUUUACAAGUUGAAGCUACACAGCAGAAACAAACACCACUGAGUUUGAUUGUAUUUACUUCCAGGUAACCAUAAUUGCCCAUUCAUGGUUGGGGAGCCCUAAGCACAGAAGCAAAACUCUCAGCAUUUCUCCCUUCUGGCUCACUGACAAGCAUCCCGCCAGCCCACCUUGUCACCUGGAUGCAGCUAACUGCAACCUACCUCAUCCCUUUGAAGUGAAGCAACACAGCAAAGUGGCCAUCUGA